AAGACCGUAAACCUCAGCUCUCCUCUUCUUCCUAAACCCCUAAAAACAGCUUCUCGAUUCCCUCUAGCCUGAGCUGCACCAAAAAUGGUGCUGGAGGGUUAUUUGCGGCUGCGUUUAACUGUGAUUCGGGGAAUGAAGGUGCUUGCCUUCCCACUGAAGAGUUGUGCGAAAGAGGUUAGGGCUGAUGCCGCAUUUGGGUGUCAAAUGAUGAAUUAUGCUGGUUACUUCAGAUGA